UGGUAAUUUUUCUUCUUUCUGUUGUUUAAACAGAAUCGGAAUACACGGCCAUUAUCGUCAAAAUAGCAGCCACCUGUCAACAACAAGAUGUAAUCUUUUCAGUGACAAUUAAUUUCGUAAACAAAAGUAAAGAGAGUAAAUCUUGUAUCUUAAAAAAUGCUUUUAGGAAAUAUAAUUCCCAUGACACAUGGUUUGAUGUUUAUGAUAUAACGGCAGAAGGACUAGAUGUACCUCAAAAUGUUCUAGAUAAUUUUGAAAAGGCAGCGCACAUUUCUGUACAGAAGAGUAUGGGUACAGAAACUUUUGAUGCUAGUCCCUAUGAUCAAAUUAAAAUUUUAACUGACUCUGAUCCAUCAUUAAAAUUUGUAACAAUUGAUGUUGAAACUGAGUUGACAACACAUUCAAAAGAUGAGCCAUCUACUAGUGCUACGGACAACAAUGCCUUCACUAUUCUCAUGACAUCACAAACAUUGAAAAUAAAGCCUCCUAAACUCUCGGAUGAAAAGUCUAACUUUACAGCUAAAAGCAGACUCUAUAAUGAUCUGAUUGAAGAUGCACAUGAGAUAGAAUUUCCAGCUUCUCUAGCAACAAGUGAAAUAACACGUCGUGUGAUGGUGAUUGUAGAUGCAUUGUGGUAUAUAGAUGGUAACCAUGAAAAAUAAAUCGCAAACUAGAAAA